AUGGAGUACGGAGUAGGUAUUCUUGCUUCCAUCCGUGUAUGUCCAUAUUGCAUACUGUACAGCAGCAUCGGCUGUCUAUUGACCAGUGGAGAUAUAUCCUGUUUCUGUCUUCUUCCUUCUGUCUUCGAUAGCAGACGAUUCCUUGACGUGUGUACUUACAAAGAUUAUGUACUUCCUGCAGACGCCAUGGCUGUAAUAAUUACUGCAGGAAUGAGUGAAUCUGGAGUACUGGACUUUGCAGCAACAGCGACAAUAACCCCUUCUUUUAUUUCGGAGUACAGAGUAGACAACGCCAUGUGGGUACCUGCAUACCUACACAGUCAGCCACCCGAAUAG